AUGACCAUGGGGCUAUGCGAUGCGUUAAAAGGGAAUGUAACCUAUGAGACUAUAAGACCCUAUGUUAUUUUAUGUUUACCAAAUGAUUCAUUAACUUCGGAAUCAUAUAUUGCUGAGUUAGAGUUUGCAUCCGCCUACUUAGAUUGUACCUAUUUUAUUCUACGUGUUAUUAAUACUGAAUUGUUACAGAUAAAGCAGUCGGCUAAAGUGCAGGUUAGUUUAAAAAAACCGUCUGGAUUUCUAGGUGAAUUACCAAAAUCGAAAAGCGAUUUAUCUCGACAUUCGAAAUAUUCUCAUCUACGUCAUUAUUUCACUCAAGUAUGGAUAUCUUUUCUAAACAAUGAAUUAUCAGAUGAUGUACGUUUAGAAUCUAUACGAUAUUUGGGUAAUGAGGGCAUGAAUCGUUUAGCUGAAAUUCGCUUAUUAGCUGAUCAUAUUAUACCAAUUUUUGAUCCUAAUCCAGAGGAUAAAUUAUCUGAAAUAGAAUUAGCAAAAUUUCCAACUAGUUGGUCUCGUGCAGUUUGUCAUGCAGUACUUGGUUUACUUCAAAAAGGUGAUCUUAAUUAUCCACGUCUAUAUAUACGAUUGUAUCGUUUAUUGGAUGAAACGUUGUUUGAAUGUCCAGAUGUUAAACCAUUUCUAAUUGAUUUAGAUAUUUAUUUAAGCUCCAUGUAA